CUCAAUAGCUAAUGGUGGCAACUUCGGAUAAUGACUACGACAUGUGUUAACAGAUAUCUUUUUUAUCCCGCUGUUGACAGUUCUUCGAUUUUUCACAUCGUUUGUUGGGUGAUUGAAUGAAGGAAAAAAAACCGUUUUGGCUUUGUUGCUUUUUAUUUUGACAUCUAUUUUCACAAGACCUAAGGACUACGAAUCCCUACAAGAACUCGAGCUUUUUGUAGCUCGAGACGAGAUUCGAAACCAUCCCUAUCUUUGUUUUGUUAUGGUCAAGAAGCUAUACACUCACUGAAAGAGACUUUGAUCCACUCAUUAUGUAAUGCUAGCCCAAGAUUCCUAAUAUCGUGGCCGAGUGUGUUACAACCAUGUUGGGAAGGUCAGCAAGGCAGAUCCGGUCAAUGCUACGGGCUCGGUCAUCGGUUAGUUUAUCCACUGGUCAAGACGUCGAAUUAACAAGUCAGCGAUAUCCUGAUUUAAGACGAAAGCCCUUUGGCCAGGUCGGACCCUCCGAAAUAGCCCGUUUCCAAGCGAUACUGGACUCGAAUCGAGUCAUCACCGAUCCCACUGAACUAGAUGGAUAUAAUACCGAUUGGAUGAGGAUCUCUAGAGGUCAAGGUCAAGUGGUGCUCAAGCCCAAAACCACGGCUGAAGUCUCGCAAAUCCUGCGGUAUUGUUCUGAGCAGAAUUUAGCUGUCUGUCCUCAAGGAGGCAACACCGGAUUAGUGGGCGGGUCUAUUCCCGUGUUCGAUGAAGUGAUAGUCAAUACUUCGCUCAUGAAUAAAAUUGAGAGCUUGGAUAUCAAUUCGUCCGUGGUGACGGUUCAAGCCGGAGUGAUAUUGGAGCAAUUGGAUCGCCAUCUGGCAGAUCAUGAUUUAUUGGUCCCAUUGGAUUUGGGAGCCAAGGGUAGUUGUCAGAUUGGGGGCAAUGUGUCUACCAAUGCUGGAGGGUUGAGACUGUUGCGAUACGGGAGUUUGCAAGGUUCGAUCUUGGGAUUGGAAGUGGUUCUGCCCAAUGGCGAGAUCCUGGAUUGCUUGAGCCAAUUGAAGAAGGAUAAUACGGGAUAUCACCUGAAACAUCUCUUCAUUGGAUCCGAGGGCACUUUGGGAUUUGUUACCAAAGUGGCAAUCCAAUGUCCACCCAGACCGAAAGCGGUGAAUGUGGCUUUCCUGGGUAUGACCUCGUUUGAGAGUGUGUUGAGGACAUUUAAAGAGGCAAGGUCGAAUUUGGGCGAGAUCCUGUCAUCAUGCGAGUUCAUUGAUGCCGAAGCCAUGAAGUGUGUGACCGGGAACCUUGAGUUGACUUGUCCCAUUGAUCCUCAAGCCUUCUACAUGCUUAUUGAAACUUCGGGAUCCAGAUCGAACCACGAUGAAGAGAAACUCACCGAGUUUCUCGAGGCCUUAAUGUCAGAUGGAACCGUUGUGGAUGGAACCGUGGCUUCUUCAGAGGCUCAAAUCCAAAAAAUCUGGCCGUUACGCGAACGACUCGCGGAAGCCCUACUUCGAGAUGGAUAUUGCUACAAAUACGACAUCUCUUUACCUCUAGACGUGUUUUAUGACAGCGUAAUAGCAAUGAAAGAGCGAUUGGGAUCGCGAGUGAUUCGCUGCAUCGGAUAUGGCCACGUGGGAGAUGGAAAUAUGCAUUUAAACAUCACCACCAAGGAAUAUGAUGACCAGGUUAUGCAACUCAUUGAGCCGUUUCUUUACGAGUGGACCAGUCACCACAAGGGCAGCAUCAGUGCCGAACAUGAGUUCGCUUCUUGGUUCAUCAUGAGUCGUGAGCGUGAACCUGAGAACCCCGAGGAUGAUAUCACGAUCCCGCGGGCCGCUAUGAACAAGAUGAUCAAGGAGUUGUGUCCGAAUACGCGAGUGGCCAAUGAUGCCCGGGAAUUGAUCUUGAACUGCUCAACCGAAUUCAUUCAUCUGCUGAGUUCGGAAUCUAACGAAAUGUGCAACAACCAACUGAAGAAAACCAUCAGUGCCGAACACGUGCUUAUGGCCCUAGAUUCUUUGGGCUUCAGCGAUUUCAAGAAGGACUGCGAAGAAGUGCUCACGGAGUGCAAGGACGUGGCAGCCAAACGAAGGCGCCAGAGUACCAGACUCGAGAAUCUCGGCAUCCCUGAAGAGGAGCUGUUACGCCAACAACAGGAACUCUUUGCCCGUGCUCGUGCGGCGGCUGCCGAGCAAGAUAUGCAGAUGCAAUUGCAAAACCAAGCCAAUCCGGAGAAUCCCACCAACCACUUGGCCAUGCCUGGCCAUCAAGCUCCUUCCACCUCAUCCAUCCUGCCCCCUCCUACACCUCUUCCGCAGCCCAGUCUCAAUUUGGGGAGUUCCAAUUCCACACAUGCUGACAACGACGAGGACGACUACUCCUGAGCCAAUACAAGCCACACAAAAAAACACAUUUAAUCAUCGAUGUAAAAAAUAUAAAACUAUUAAAACCGAACAGAA